AUGUGGUGGAAGGUUAAUGCAGUUAUUAUAGGAAUGUUUAUUUCAUCGGUUGUCGACGGACAAAAACCAACAUUUUCGUGUAAUCGACCAAUUUUUUGUUCAACAGCAUUGUGGAAUACAUUGGGCAUCACCUUUGCUAAUCAGACAAUAUCUGGGCAAAAUCCUCUCGCCGUUUUUGUCGAUGUCAACAACCGGGUCUAUGCCGUUAAUCAAAACACCAAACAAAUUCUAAUUUGGCAUAACGAUAGCAUCGAUCCCACACAAGUCAUUCCCAAUAGUGUUUAUAAUUCAUGGUCUAUCUUUGUGACCGAUACUGGUGACAUUUAUAUUGCAUACAACCACUUAUAUCGUGCAGUCAACAAAUGGAUAUCAGGGACAAAUUCUUCUGUUGUUGUGCUGAACACUACCGCACUUUGUUUUGGCCUUUUUGUCGACACCAACGAUACUUUAUAUUGUUCACAGAUGAAAAAUCAUACGGUAGUUAAAAGAUGGUUGAAUGACAAUAAAAUGACGAUCAGUAUUGCAGCUGGUACAGGUGUUAAUGGCACUGCAUCGAAUCAGCUAGAUUAUCCUCAAGGAAUCUUUGUUGACGUGAAUUUUGAUUUAUAUGUAGCAGAUUGCUAUAAUCAUCGUGUUCAAUGGUUUCAAUUAGAACAGUCUAAUGCCACGACAAUUGCCGGACAAGGAUCAACAGAGAAUAAUAUCAGACUUUAUUUUCCUACGGGAAUUUUACUUGAUGCUGAAAACUAUAUAUUCAUCUUGGAAUCUGGUAAUGGUCGUAUAAUUAGAUCAGGAUCAAGUGGUUACCGAUGUAUAAUUGGAUGUGAUGGACGAGGUUCACUGGCUAAUCAACUAUCAGGUCCAAGUACUUUUAGUUUUGAUAAUCAUGGAAAUAUAUUUGUUAGUGAUCAAAAUAAUCAUCGAAUUCAGAAAUUUGUAUUCAUGACAAAGUCUUGCGAUUACACAACUACUUAUUCACUGGCAACUGACGUUCAACAAGUUACACCAUUAUUUUUCACCCCUACAUGCCCAAAUUCAUCGAACAUUGGCGUCGACUGCAAAUUGCCAAGCACUUCCUGUGCAAUUCUGAACCCGUGUCUGAAUGAUGGCACCUGUACCGGUGCAUCCACUUGUAUAUGCGCGCCAGGAUGGCAGGGCAGGCGAUGUGAGACGAAAAUAAACUAUUGUAUUAAUGUAACCUGUCAGAACAAAGGUGUUUGUCGACCGUUGUUACUGAAUUAUUCAUGCGAAUGUCUCAGUAGUAGUUUCUCUGGCCGUCAUUGUGAAAUAACUGCGACGAAAAUAGUCAUCUAUAAGACUGUAUCGAAGUCUGUAUCAUAUAUAGCGAUUAUUGCGAUGAUAACUGUGGCUGCAUUUGUUAUUAUUAUGGAUAUAUUGAAAUAUUGCUUUGGUAUUGAUCCGACACGCGAAGAACUAGAACAUAUUCGGCGAGAAAAACGAGCAAAGAAACGCAAACCAGUGGUUCAACGCUUUGUGUAUGUGAAUGCUCCUUCGAUUCGAGUUUCGCAAUCGAAAGAACAGUCCAACAGCAUCAAUGACACUAGCGUUUAG